AUGGUAGACUCCAUUGAUGAUUAUAAAAACACCCGAGUGGCCAAGAAUUUGGUUAAUCAGCUGGUCAGAAUCCCAACGAUAAAAUAUUUCGAACAUUUAUUAGAACCUUUACUCUUCAGAUCUUUAUAUUGCGCAUUAUCUGUUGAUGGUAAAUACUAUGAUUACUUCCUACCUUUGGGCAUGUUCUCUCUUCCUACAGGAUACGAUUUAGUUAAUGAUCACCGUCAUGCGAAAAAUUUCUUUCUAGACCAAGAAAAUAUCAAGAUUAAUUCCCACUUAGGCCAUAUCUGUGCUGCUUCAAUACCUAUAGGUAAACCCGUCUACAACUGUUUCGACUGCGGUGUCGAUCCCACUUGCUGUCUAUGUGAAGACUGUUUUAAUAAGGAAGAGCAUUCAGACCAUAAUGUCAGCGUGCAUAGGUCAAGUGGUGAUGCCAUUUGCGAUUGUGGUGAUGUAUCCUCUUGGAAAGUGGAUUUGAGGUGUAAAGCUAAUGCCAAAGAGGAAAUCUUAAGGAAAUCUUUACCGAGCGAUUUGCCGGCAGAUUUUAAAUAUAAUAUUAAAAUUAUAGUGAGAGUCUUAUUUGAUUUCAUAUUAGAUGUUCAUUCGAUAAAUUACUCGGCUCUGCCUAAUGUUCACGAUUCGAUAUUGGAUACUGUAUCGAAAUUAGAAAUUUUACCCAAAUUUGACGAUGCCUAUAACCAUUUCAAAAAGCCCUACCUUGACAGUUCCAGCUCUCUAUCGGCAGAUGAUAUUGUUACUGGAGAUUUAUUAGAGUAUUAUUAUCUUAUUGUUUGGAAUGAUGAAUUUCAUAACUUUGAUGAAGCAAUCAGUUUCUUGUCUUCUGCUUAUGUUCAAACUUCUGAUACAGAAUCUGAUGACCAUCCUUUCUACCAAAUGUCUUAUGAUGGAAAACCUGAUUUCGAAAUCGACGGUGAUCGCGUCGCCAAUAUGGCCAAAACGAUAGACGCAAUGGGGUUUAUAGCUUAUGCUAGAUCGAAAGAUUUGAACACAAUAAAAUCGAAAACUAAUAAGUUUGAUCAGGUCAAUAGAAUAGUCUUUGGGGAAACACCGAAAGACCAGUUGAGGUACUCUAUCUUGAAUGGUAGGCAAUAUGCAAAUUUGGUUUUAUCAACUUCAGCUAUCAACUGGUUUGACGUGAUUUUAAAGAACAAAAACAUAAUAUUGACGGAUUUCAUCAAGCAGGAAAUUUCGAGUGUUUUGUUUGAAAGGGCCAAUUUGCAUCUUACCCAAGUUCCUUACUUGGGUCUAUGGGCUACCAACUUUACAACUAAUCACAAAUUGGAAAUUCCACUGUAUGAAGAAACCAUUGAUAGGAAAAGUAUACCACUAGAAAAGUUAGGUGUUAAAAUUACUAGUGUUAAAGAUAGGGAUAUUGACGGUAAACGCCAUGAAGACAACGAUAGUAGUAAUAGCAGCGUUAGUAGUAGCGAAAGCUUCGAUAGCAAGGCAGAUUCAAUAGAUAGCUACCAUCCAGUGAAUUAUUACGACAAAGGCACAAGAUUACAAUACUUGAUAUUUUUUGAAAUGAGGUUCCCAAAACGUAUGCGGAAACUUUUAAAGAAAACUAUUAUUCCCACUAUUACCAAUUCUGUUGAGUCAAGGUAUACUUUUGCUGAACAAGUUACUACUUUGUUACCCACUUUUGAAUUUAACACUGCAUUUUAUGAUAGAGAAUGGCAGUUGAGUCUUUUGGAAACUUUCAGAUUGCAGGUCUAUCAUGAUCCAAAUUUAGGUACACAACUAUUGGAGAAUGGUCUAUUAGAAAACGUGAUCGAUAGUUUGAUCCGUAUUUUCUCAUGUGUUUCAAUCAAAAACAAUAAGUUCUACGCGGGUAAUAAAACAACAGACUGGAAGUAUUAUAGAUCUUUUAAAGUUCUAACACAAACAUUUGAUGGUUUACAUACAAUCCUAAAUUUCAUUCACCAAGGUAACGAUAGAAUUUUCAACAAUAAUUGGAUUGUUAAGCUUUUGCGUAUAUUUACAGCAUUUGACAAUAUUUUCACAAUUGUCAGAGAGACUGAUCAACAUAUUGAGUUUUUUAAUCAAAGGGAAUGUUCCAUCACGCAUUCUCAAAGCUAUACCCUGUAUAGAAUUGCUGAACAUUUAGGUAACAUUGUUUCAGGCAUAGCUGGUAAAAAUGAAAAUGUUGAAAGAUCCAUUAUUUUACUAUCUUCAUAUCUGAAGAAUCAGCCGGUAAAGUUGGAAAACGGCAUUGUAAAGUAUGAUAUCACAAAAGAUGGAGCUACUGUAAUUCAUCCAAUCGGCUCAUUAUUGGCAGACUUGUCCAAAUCUUACAAGGCAUUUGAAUCGGAAUUGUUGAAUUACUCGGUUGGCACAAUUACGUAUAAUGAGGGCAAAUAUGAUUAUGAGAUUGAUUUCAAUCAAACAACGCCUUUUUUGAUUGUAGCUGAUACUAUGGUAAGAUCAUGGACUUUUCAAUCUCAAAUUAGUUCCAAUUUUUGGGUGAGAAAUGGUGGAUAUAUAGAGUACGCAAAAUCAUAUUUUGAGCAUUACUUUCCGGAAAAUAUCUUAUUUAUCAUGCAACAGGCAAUUUUGUUGGAUCAAUUACCAUUGGAUGAUGUCAUUGAUAGAUUCAUGUUAAGUGGUUGCAUUCAUGGUAGUCUUGAUUUUACUCAAACUAUUUAUGAGGAAAAGAUUUCGAUCAUUUUAGACGAAUUUGCUCAAUUAAUGUACUACAUUCUGACAUUCAGAGUAUUUUACGAUUCACAGAUGGACCAUGAAGGAAUUUCCCGUUAUUUUGAGGAAUACAAGUUAUCGUACGUACUGGCGUCGUCUCCCAAGAAAUUCUCAGAAAUCGAACAGUUUGCCAGAGAUGAUUAUUUUGACGAAACAAUGGAGAAGAUCACCAACUAUGUUCCUCCAGCUUCACUUAAUGACUAUGGUAGAUAUGAAUUAAAGUCUGAAUAUUUACAUAGAUUCGAUCCGUAUCUAUUUUCUCCAGAGAAAACGGGUGAAUCUGAAAUUGAGGAGUCGAUUUUGAAAAACAUAUCGAACGUGAAGAAUAAAAAAGUUGAUGAUGUUGUGCUUAUCCCAUAUCUCUAUCCCCUAAGAGAAGAAGAUUUGAAAAAUUUUAAAAAAAUAGGUGACUACAUGAGAAGUAAAGAAUUUGCAAAAAUUCUAUAUAAAAUCCUAAGGUUUGCUGUAUCUUCUGAUUAUGAUACUCAUCUGAAUAUGGUUUUACAACUAAUACAUGCUAUAGUAAUGGAUUCUGAGCUUUAUUAUGGGGAUUCUAAAAGUCUUCAGAAUUUCAUUGAAAUCCCAAUUUGUAAUAUGCUACUUUCAGCUGCUGAAAAGUCAGAUGUUCCCAAAUAUAUUACCAAAAAGGCAUCAACGAUCUUAGAAAUUAUGUUAUUGAAGAAUGAUGAUGUAUUAACUUCACUUGUGGAUUGCUUUGGUGAAGCACACAUUGAAGAAUAUAAAAAAUCAAAACAAGGUAAGAACUUAGAAACUAAGAUGGAGAGGAAAAGAAGGUUAGCUUUGAAACGUCAGAAGAAGAUUUUACAAAAGAUGCAAAAACAGCAAACAAAUUUUAUGAGCAAUAACGAAUCUUAUUUUCAAGACGAAUGCAAAACUGCAAAAUCAGGGAACCAUGAAAAUGUGACUGAUAACGAGAACUUAUUUCAACAAGAGAUAAGAACUUGUGUUCUCUGUAAAAAUCCUGAGAAUGAUGAAGACCUUUUUGGUUUGCCUGGCUUUCUUUCCACGAGCUCUAUUUUCUGGACCAUACCUACAAUAUCAAACGAUACAAGUGGUUUUAUGAUAUCCGAAUUUGAAAAUAAAAACAAAGGUGACCUAGGUGAUGGAAGUAAUAAAAAGAGUAAUAAUAAUAACAACAUGAAUGGAAACCAAAAAGAAUCAUGCUGUACGAGGGAGAAGAUUGUUGCCACUGGGUGCCCCCAUGGAAUGCACCUCAAUUGUUUUAAAACCAUGCUAUCAAAGAAAGGUAUGAGUAGUAAGGAUUACUUAUGUCCUCUUUGCAAAGGUAAAUCAAAUAUCUUUAUUCCAGCACAUAAGUCCAAGGAAUUUGAAAUUGAUCCAGAUUUGAAUCAUAAACUUAACUUCACAUACAAUGAUAUUUUUAGCGCUAACGGUAAAAAGAAUAUUGCUUAUUUUUCUCAACAAUUCUUUGGCCAAUUUGCUUCAAGUUUGGAAACUCCAAAUGCAACUACACUGAAAUUAAUCGAUUCUUUCAAAACUGUAAGAUCAACUCACAAUGAACUUCUAGAUAGAUAUUCAAUUCGGCCCGAGCACUGGAAAGUAACAACAGAUAUAAGUAAGUUUAAUUUUAUUUCAGAAUUCAAUACAUUAUCCAUAAUUGGUUCUACUUUAGAAAUGUAUGAAAUAUCAAGUAGGAAAGAAGAUCAAAUUUCAUUACCGGAAAUCGCUCUAUCUACGUUAAGAUCACUUUUACAACAAAUUAUAUUCACCCAUCACAUUAACCCAGGAACAACAGACUUAGGUAGAGAAUAUUAUGAAUUUUUGCUCAACAAUCCUAAUGUAGGUUUUGUUGAACAAACUUUGCUACUGUAUUUUAAGACUGAUAUUGAUCUCUUAAGUUGCAUGAAGAUUUCAAUUGUUAAGAGAAUGAUUUUAACAGCUAUCUCGCUUUUCCAAAGAUAUGAAAUCGAUCCUAGAAACGUUAUUUUUGAAUCUAUUUUGGAUGCUAAUAUUAGUCAAGAUUUUGUUACUACAAAAUUAUGCGAAGAAUUAAUAGAGAUUGUUAUUCAAGAGGAACUAAUAGAUCCUAAUUCUCUUGGAAAUUCUCCAUUAAUUUCAAGAGUUUUGUACAAAGUCAUGGUUACCAAUUUUGGAAUUUUCCAUAGGCAAAUCAAAUACAUCUCAAUAUUUAUGAAUUUAAUUACGAAAGAUGAAAUAGAAAUUGGAUCUUUCAAUCAGUUUGUUCAAGAAAUGUUUAAGGAUGCAAGCAAAGAGAAUAAAAUGCUUCGCAUUGUUAUUAAAGGAUUAAGAAAUACCCGUGCAAUGACUUCUCAGUUCGCGUCAAAUAAGAUGCACAAGAGAGGAUGUAAGGUUAACAUGAUUGAAUAUCCAAAACCAGUUCAUUUUAUCCACUUGCCCGAAAAAUUAAAAGACUUGGCGCUUGAAGCUUCUCAAAAGAAAACCAAGGUUUUAAUUGAAGAAGAGGAAGAAAAUUAUGAUUAUUGGGAAGAACCUAAAUAUAAGCAUAUCAAAACUCCGCAUAUAUGCUUACAUUGCGGUAAAUGGUUGACUACUGUAUCUAAGCACAAUAGGGAAUGUCAACUAAGUGGUUACUCGACCAUGAUUUUUUCACCUGAGAAAAACCAUAUAACACUGCAUUUUAGUGAAUAUGUUACUGAUAAUGUAUUUCAUGUUGAAUCACCAUACUUGAAUAAGCAUGGAGAACCCUCUAAAGGUAUUGUAGGAUUCGGUGAUGCCGGAACUUUGGACCUUGCAAGAUAUAAGCACAUACAAAACAUGUGGUAUGGCCAGUUUAUGAUUAUUGAAGUUUUGAGAAACGAUACAAAAUCCCUAGUUGAUGGUGUUUUUGCGUUCUCUAUUCCAGGUAUAUCAGAAGACGACAGCUUUAGGAGAGAAAGAUUUUCAUUUGCUAGUUACCUAGGUUUGAAUAUUCGUGGAAAUAGUGAUAAUGAAGAAUUAUCCGAUGAAGAAAGUGACCUGAAUUCUGACUUGGAAGAAGGUAAUCAAAGAGGUCCUACAGAUAUCCAAGAACUUAUCAAUAGAAUACGUGAAGGUCGUGAUCAUAUGGGUGGUGAAGAAAGAGACAAUAUUGCUGGAUUUUUAAACGCAUUUGUUCAUGGAACCUUGAUGGGUCGAACUAUUAAUAAUACAGCCGGUAACGCUAAUAUAGGAACAGAAGGCGAUUUUUUUAUUAGGGAAGAUGGUGCCCCGCUAGAACUUGUUUUUGAUGGUGAUGUUGAUGAACAUGAUGACGAUGAUGAAAACGAUGAUGACUAUCAAUUUGAAGGAAACAUUGAUAGCGAGAACUCUAACGACCAUGACAUUGAUGAAAAUAGAUCAGAUUCCAUUCAAGAUGUCAGAAGCACUGAUGAUGGGCAUGUUGAAUUAGCCGGAUAUGACGAAGAUGCAUUACGGUAUCCUAAUGGUGCUGUAACUCAUCAUCUCAACCCUCUAAGAGAUUUUUUCAACGGACAGGGAAAUGAUGAUGAUGAAAGAGAUGACGAUGACGAAGAUUACAUUCAUGAAGACGAAGAUGCCAGUGAUGACGAAAUGGAUUCUAAUGAUGAAUACCAUUCAUUCGAUGAAAUGGACAUUGAUUAG